AUGGAAACUGUUGGCACAUUGUCUAACGCACCUAGGUCUUCCAUCAAUAAUGCGACACUGUUACAAAUACCGUCUUUAGUAGGAAGAAACUCGGUAGUUUUGUUGGCACAACGAAAGAAUCCUGGCUUCCUUGUAAAAAGAUUCUCCUCGAUAAGCAACAGACGCAUUGAGAUAUAUGAGGAAGAAGACGAAUUUGUUGGUGGUUGCUGCGGUUUAUUUAGAAACCUGAAGUUCAUACGAGGAGAACAUGAGAGUGGUGCUCUAAAAUCCUCAACCUCAUCAGAGUAUCCAAAAUUCAAUUUCCUUGCUGGAUAUGGCAACCGAACCGAUACCGUUACUACAACUAAAGCCACCAAGACUAUCAUUGAGGUUGAAGAUGUUACUCAACAUGCGGCUACUUGGGUGACGGACGUGAAAUUAACAUGUUAUUGA